AUGAGCGAAGACCUCCUCAACGAAAUUGAAGCUAUAAACUCUAUCUAUGGUCCCUCAACCCUCGUUUCCGCGCAUGAAACUGGUCCCUCUAAUGAAAUAAACGAAAUAUACAUUCUCUCACUCCCAAACCAAGAUUCAUCACUACGAAUACAAUUUCCGGCCGCGUAUCCAGAUGUACCACCGGUAAUAUUGGGAACACAGCAUGCAGGUGAAAAUGCAAGGAAAGGGGAUGCAGGGAGAUUGGUAGAGUUUGUGAGAGAUGUUGUAGGGAGGACGUGGAGGGUAGGUGAGGUUUGUUUGUUUGAUGUUAUUGAAGAGGUAGAGGGGGGUUUUGGGACAGGUGAUGCGAUGGAUGGAGAUAAAGAAUAUGAAGAAGAAAAAGGAGAAGGAUUGAGAAAUUCCGAGGAGUUAGAGAAUGGAUAUCCAGUCCUAGAACGGAAACAAGAAGAACCAAAACAAAAUCAAGAUAUUUCCCUCGCACAAACCCCAAACUGGAUCCUCUCCUCCGUAACCACAGAAUUAAAAUCUACAUUCAUCGCUCGCUGCAUUUCCGUCUCUUCUCCUACCCUCGCUUCCAAAUAUAUACAACAUCUUCUCUCGACGGAUAAGAAAGUUCGCGCGGCAACUCAUAAUAUUACAGCUUGGCGCAUUAAAACGGAUCAUGGGGUUACGUAUCAGGAUUGUGAUGAUGAUGGGGAAUCGGCGGCGGGAGGGAGAUUGUUGCAUUUAAUGCAGUUGAUGGAUUUGUGGAAUGUGAUGGUCGUUGUUACGAGGUGGUAUGGGGGGCAGAAGUUGGGGGCGAGGAGGUUUGCGGUUAUUAAUGCCGUGGCGAGGGAUGCGUUUGUUAAGGGGGGGUUUGUGGUGGAGAAGGGGGAGGGGAAGAAGGGGAAGAAGUGA